AUGCUUUUUCCACCGCGCUAUUCCUACCCUGAAGCGGGCUCCAACGUUCCGCUCAAUCUCUAUAUUUCCAAGCCAAUCAACGCGGGCAAGGCUUUGGACGCUGUGAGCGCGCUGGAGAAGCAGGUUCAGCAGUGGAUCCAGCGGAGCGGCAAGGCCGUUCGUCUCAGCGACGAGGCUUGCGCCAACCUCUGUUUCCGCAUCAAGGACGGCAGCAAGAUCGUCAUCAGCCUGCGCCACCCGCGUCUUCCGGAAUCCGGUGUGGUCGACCUGUACCACACUCUCGACAUCGGAGACUCGGCAACGACGCACACGGUCGUACUCGAGAGCGCCGUGCGCUUCGCGCACUCUUUGGGUCUCAACGCUGCUCCGAGGGAACCCCAAUGUGCGGCUGAGUUUUUCGAGGUCGUCGAGGACGACAAAGGGGAGGAUGACCUCCUACAGUUCCCGCACAUCGCGGUCAGCCCCAACCUUUUGUCCGAUGGCUUGGUCAAAGUCACGGCCUCGCCAUACGAUAAGUACGGCAUGGUCAUCAAGAACAUGACCGACAAGGCCUUCUAUGUGUCGGGCGUCUUUUACUUCGACUGCAGUGAUCUCUCCAUCGGUUAUCACCAGGCGGACAAGAGGAUGAUUCCUGCCAACGGUUCUAUGAGCUUCGCAAACGACACUAGUUAUGUACCGUGGACGUUCUAUCUACGCGAGGGGCAACCCAGGGAUAUUGGGUUCAUCAAGAUCUUCGUCACGUCGGCCCCCAUCGACCUGUGCGGGCUGGCGCAAGAGAGACCGUUCGCCGACGUUUCUCGCAGGGUCACCACCCUAGACGAAGAAGGGAUUCGCAACUUGCUUGUUGACACCAUCACCUUGGUCGUAGACCAAUAUGCGCCGGGUGUGGUAGUCUGA